AUGCUGGGUGUGCACACCCUGCUUCUGCUCUGGGGCCUGGCCACUCCGUGCCUGGGGCUGCUUGAAACAGUGGGCACACUUGCUCGGAUUGACAAAGAUGAGCUGGGCAAAGCCAUCCAGAACUCGCUGGUUGGGGGCCCUAUUCUGCAAAACGUAUUGGGAACAGUGACAUCGGUGAACCAGGGCCUCCUGGGCACAGGAGGGCUGCUUGGAGGCGGUGGCCUGCUGAGCUACGGGGGUAUCUUCAGUCUUGUACAGGAACUCUCCGGGCUGAAGAUAGAGGAACUAACUCUCCCGAAAGUGUCAGUCAAGCUGCUGCCAGGGGUUGGGGUGCAGCUGAGCCUGCACACCAAGGUUAGCCUGCACGGCUCUGGUCCCCUUGUGGGCCUCCUGCAGCUGGCCGCAGAGGUGAAUGUGUCCUCGAAGGUGGCGCUGGGCAUGAGCCCACGGGGGACACCCAUCCUGGUCCUUAAGCGCUGCAACACGCUCUUGGGACGCAUCAGUGUGAUGUCAGGGCUGCUGCCCACACCGAUCUUCGGGCUUGUAGAACAGACACUGUGCAAGGUGCUGCCCGGACUGCUGUGCCCGGUGGUGGACAGUGUGCUGAGUGUGGUGAACGAGCUCUUGGGGGCUACUCUGAGCCUGGUGCCCCUUGGGCCUCUGGGGUCUGUGGAGUUCACUCUUGCUACAUUGCCCCUAAUCUCCAACCAGUACAUUGAGCUGGAUGUGAAUCCCAUCGUGAAGAGCAUAGCUGGUGAUGUCAUUGAUUUCCCCAAGCCACGCCUCCCAAUCAAGGUGCCCCCCAAGGAGGACCAUACCUCCCAAGUGACUGUCCCACUCUACCUCUUCAGCACGGUGUUUGGGCUCCUGCAGACCAACGGUGCCCUUGACCUAGACAUCACUCCUGAGAUGAUUUCCAGAAAUAUCCUAUUUACAACCACCGACCUGGCAUCUUUGGCCCCUGAGGCCCUGGGGAAACUGCCUCCUGGCCAGCACCUCCUGCUUUCGCUACGGGUGACAAAAGCUCCCAUGGUCCUGCUGCAGAACAAGAAGGCCACGGUCUCCAUCCCAGCCUCUAUUCACGUGCUGUCUUCCAUCCCUCAAGGAACUCCUGUAGCCCUUUUCCAGCUGAAUGGGGUUAUGACUCUAAAUGCCCACCUGGUUCCAUCCACUACCAAGCUGCACAUAUCCCUGUCCCUGGAAAGGCUGAAGGUCCAGCUGGCCUCCUCCUUUUCCCAACCAUUUGAUGCAUCCCGUCUAGAAGAAUGGCUCAGCGACGUGAUCCGGGCUGCCUACAUGCAGAGGCUCAAUGAACACCUGGAGGUUGGAAUACCCCUGCCCAAGAUUCUCAACCUCAACUUUGCCAAUUCAGCAGUAGACAUCAUUGAGAAUGCUGUUGUGCUCACUGUGGCCCCGUGA